AUGAAAAAUUUUACCCAUAGUGCAAUUAUAUUUGAUCGCCCAUGGCCAAUCGAUAAAAUAAUUCGCAUAUUUAUUUUAUCAAUUAUUAUGUGUGUAACAUUAAUUGGUAAUAGUUAUAUUAUAUUCGAAUUAUUUUGUCGUCGUCGACAACAUCGUACACGAUUACAUGUAUUUAUUCUUAAUUUGGCUAUUGGUGAUUUAGCAGUAUGUCUUUGUACAAUGACAUCAGAAUUAUUUCUUUUAAUUUUUGAUCAAGAAUGGAUUUUAGGAAAUAUUGCUUGUAAAUUAACACUUUACAUCCAAGUUAUUACACUUGCUUCUACAACAUUUAUUAAUGUCGCAAUGACCUAUGAUAGAUAUGAAGCAAUUUGUUGUCCAUUUCGAUCGUGUACUGCUCUUCGACGUAUACGUCGUAUUAUAAUCGUAUGUUGGUUAAGUUCAUUAAUUAUAGCAAUUCCACAAUUAUUUAUAUUUGAACAAAGUUUAAUGGAAUAUAGUUUAACACAAUAUCGUUGUACUAGUACAGGUUAUACAGCUGAAUGGCAACGUCGAGUUUAUUUUACAAUAUUUGCUUGUUAUGUUCUUGUUAUUCCGGCUAUUUGUAUGACAAUAUGGUAUAUGAAAAUAAUACAUGUUGUCGCAUCAUCAACAAAAGUUUGGAUAAAAAAAAUUCGUGGUCCAACAACAACAUAUCUUUCAUCGCUUGCAACAUCUCCAACUAAAAUUAAAACAGUUAAAUUAGCUAUGACUAUUAUUAUUGUAUUUGUUGUUUGUUGGACACCUUAUAUAGUCGUAACUUUAGUUGAAGUUUAUUCGAAUCGUCGUUUACGAAUACCAACAUGGCUUGAAGGAGUUUUACAAACAAUAUGCUUAGCACAAAGUGGUCUUAAUCCAUUUAUAUAUAUAACAUUUAAUCAUAGACGAAAACAUGCACCGACAGUAGUUCUUGCUUCAGCACAUUUAGCAUCAUUAAAAUCACAAAAUCGAAAACAAAGAGCUGAAUCAACAGUAUCUACUUCUAUUGCCGAAGCCGCAUUUAGAAUAAAAGAAUAUCAAUCAUCACCAAAAAAUUAA